AACUCGUGGUUAUUGGUAUCAUUAACCAAUGCCUCUUGUGGCGUAAUCUUUGGAGAGUUCAUCAUUCAAUUCGAAUGAGAUCUACGUAUAAAAGUAGAUAAUAUAGGAGUAAACAGAUUAGCAGCAGUACUUUUACCGAGCAAGUGAUGGAUAUUUCUAAAAUUAUUGAUUUUUUGGAAAAACCUCUAAACAAUAGAGCAGAUACACAAAAAUCAGAAUCAGAAUUUCCUAGCGACGGAGAUGAGUCAAUUCGAUCGGAUGGAUCAAGAUGUGAGCAUACUUUUAGUCCGGGACUUGUGCUGAAAAUAUUUUGCAUCCAUUGGUUCGUGGCGUUGGGUAUAUUCGGAGCCGGAGUGUACUUCAUGCGCAGCCAGCCUACUUGCCAACGGUACUCGCUGUUGAUAUACCUGCAGGCCGGCUAUUGGCUGUUUACGGAUGUUUUGCUCAAGUCGAUCAAAUCGGACUGUCGAAAGCUGUUCGAUCGGGAUCGCCAACUGUACGAUAUGCUCAAAAGUUACCGAUCGAAACCGCUCGCCAUCGUUACCGGAUUUAAGUCCAUACUGCUGGGAAUGCAGGGUAUCACCAGCGAGAACUUCAUGAAAGUUGACUGUGACAGCCUAGGCGAAUCUACCUGACUUUUUAUGGUUCUAUUUAUUGGACUGGAAACGUUCUGCCUGUCGGCGUAUUAUGUUCCGGCUGUUGGUAAGUGCACAAAAAGAUAACUGUUAACUAGUCCGAGUAAUAUUUUUUUAUCACCGUAGUUCAACUGCUGGGAAUGUUGUUUCGGGGUCCGAAAAUUUUGAAAACUAAGGUAGCGUCCAGCGAGGAUGAUAAACUGAGCAAGACUAUAUUACUCGAACUACUACGGGAAAAUUCAAGACGUUUAAAACAAGUGGAGGAAGAACUCAAAAGAAACAAACGGAAACUGGUCCGAAGUAUCACUCUAGAUGAAACCGGCUGCGAAAAAUUGUCUGAAGACAUUUUAUAAAAUGA